UUACAUCGACAAAGGAAAUUAUCUGUAUUAUUUAUUUUCUCUAAUUGACGGUACAGAUAGCCCCAAAAACCACUUAGUUCUGAAUCGGCGACUCCGAUCUAUAUCCCCGAACGACCAUCAGUCUCUGCAUCUGUUUUUGCCCUUCGCCACCAUCACGCCCGGGCACUAGCUGUUAAUCUCUAUGGCUGCCACAAACUUUGAAAAGCCCUGUUCGGGAGUUACAAUCAGCUGUCUCCCAGACGAAGUUUUGGGCAAAAUCUUGUCGUUUCUGCCGACAAAACAGGCUGUAUCAACAUCUCUUCUCUCGAAAAAGUGGACUUUUAUGUAUAGAUUGGCGGAUUGUCUUGAUUUUGAUGAUUCCCUCCAUCUGCAUGCGGAAGAGGGUGAACAUGUAUUUCCAGAGAGCUUCAAAAACUGUGUGGAUCGAACACUGGCUUUGCAAUGUGAUUAUUCAAUCAAGAAAUUCUCACUAAAAUGCCACAUUGGUGCGCACAGUGACUGUCAAAGGGCUUGUGUGGGACGCUGGAUAUCUAAUGUUGUAGGACGUGGUGUUGUUGAAUUGGACCUACAGAUAAUAGAUUGGGGUCUACACUUUAUGCCUCCUCAGCUCUUCGCAAGCAAAACGCUGGUUAAGCUGACACUAGGGACAGCGCUCAACCUUGGAAAGCUUCCUUCAGAUGUGUUACUUCCAUCUCUUAAGUUUCUCUUCAUCGAUACAGUUUUCUUUGAAUAUGAAGAUUUCUGUUAUGUGCUUCUUGCUGGUUGCCCGGUGCUCGAGGAGUUAUCAGUCCAUCACAAAAACAAUGCAAUCCCUCACACCAUAUCGAGUCCGACGGUUAAGAGACUAUCAGUUGACUACGACCUUCAUCGUGAGGACGAACUGUCAUUUGACCUGCCAAAUCUGGAGUACCUUCACUACUCUGAUUUCGCCUUGUAUGAGUAUCCACAAGUUAACUUAGAUUCCCUUGUUGAAGCUAAGCUGGAACUUUAUCCGGCUGAACAUGUCGAGAGGCCGGAUGUAACGAAUCUCAUUAUGGGGAUAAGAAAUGUUGAGAUCCUUCAUCUAUCUUCCGCUUCGGUUGAGGUGAUCUAUUCAUGCUGUAAAUAUGGGCUACUUCUACCGGUAUUUAACAAUCUGAUUAAUUUAUCUCUUGGGAUUAAGAAUAAACGAGGUUGGAAAUUGCUGGCAAAGAUGCUUAAGCAGUGUCCAAAGCUUGAAACUCUAAACAUCCAGGAUCUGAAGGGUUACAGAAGCGAUGUCUCCAUGCGUCGGAACCAAGUGAAGUUGCAUAUUCUGGAUUAUGGAGGAACUGAUGAAGAGUUUGAACAGUUGAAGAGUUUUCUUGGGAAAAAACGUAAUGCAGAAGCUGUGGUGGAUGAUGGCAUAAGAUUGCAAACGAAAAGAGAUAUAACGAUGCUUCUUGGAGUUUCACUAAAAGCAAAUUGCCAUUCCAAAGUCGCACAAGUCAUCUAGUUUAUUCAUAUUAUACUAUGUAACUUUAUUAAACUCAUGUAAAGUCGACUAGUUUUUUUAAUCUUUUGUCACACUUUAUAGUAUAUAUUUAUAAAGUUUCUAUAUUCUCAACAUAUAACUA